AUGAAGAUUGAACUCAGCCUCGCCGCAGCUGCUCUAACUCAGGGAAUUUCGGCUUCUGCGUGCCCAUUGGACACUACUACGCAAGCCACCUCAGAGGCAACCUUCCAACAGAAGUGUGAAGCCCUCACCUCUAACCUCAAAAUUGAUCAAGCAGAAGUCACUUUGAGCACAUAUGUCCCAGCAAACAGCACUGUUCAAUUCCCCAACGCCGACCCCACCUGUGGACGAACCUCUCAAAGAGUUACAGAAAGCGUCUGCCGCGUUGCUCUGACCUACCACACCUCAAAUGCCUCUCAGGUUAGCAUUGAAACCUGGCUUCCAGAGAAGUGGACCGGUCGAUUCUUGAGCACCGGAAACGGUGGUCUUGGAGGAUGUAUUCAAUAUGAAGAUAUCAACUAUGCAACCUCCCUCGGUUUUGCUGCCGUUGGUACCAACAACGGUCACGACGGUAUGACCGGAGAAUCUUUCUUGAACCACCCAGAUGUUAUUGAAGACUUCGCUUAUCGUGCAUUGCACACCGGAGUCGUCGUCGGCAAGGAGAUCAGCAAUACAUUCUACGAGAAGCCAUUAAGCAAGAGUUACUAUCUCGGCUGCUCUACCGGUGGUCGCCAGGGUAUGAAGGAGGCACAAACGUUUCCGGAAGACUUUGAUGGUAUCAUUGCCGGAGCCCCUGCGAUGUCUUUCAAUAACCUCACUUCAUGGAGCAGCAACUUCUUGAUUAUCACCGGAGCACCUGGCUCGCCGACCUUCAUUCCCUUGGACUUUUGGUCAACCAUACACCAAGACGUCUUGGCCCAAUGUGAUAUGCUCGAUGGAGUCGCUGAUGGUAUAUUGGAACAACCCGAUCUCUGCCCAUACGACCCUUCAGGCCUCGUUUGUACCGAGAGACAAAACAGCAGCUCCUGCCUUACUCCAACUCAAGUUGAAACUGUCAAGAAGAUCUACUCACCACUCAUCGACCCUCUCGAUGGUAGUCUCGUCUACCCACGUAUGAACCCAGGUAACGAGAUCCUUGAAGCCCCUUUCACCUACUACACUGGUGCCCGUUUUGGUGCCGCAGACUGGUUCGAGUAUGCCAUCUUGAACGACAGUAACUGGGAUCCUGCGACUCUUACCCCAGCUGACUGGCGCCUAUCAUCCACCCUCAACCUCUUCAACAUUGAGACUUUCAACGGCGAUCUCUCCGCCCUCCAGAACAGGGGGUCCAAACUUCUCCAUUACCACGGUACCGCUGACGGAGUCAUCUCCAGCGAGAACUCUCCUCGCUACUACCAACACGUUGUCGACACCAUGGGUAAAUCACCUGCCGAGUUGGAUGACUUCUACCGAUAUUUCCCUAUCUCCGGUAUGGCUCACUGCGGAGGCGGACCAGGGGCUACCAAAAUCGGAAACGGAGCCAGACAGUCUAAUUCUCUUGACCCAGCGGAGAACGUAUUGAUGGCUAUGGUCCAAUGGGUUGAGGAGGGUAUUGCCCCAGAGACCGUUACUGGAGUUCAAACAAGCGCCGAUGGUCAAGUUACCGCCAAGCGCAGACAUUGCAAGUGGCCUGCGCGUACUACUUACAACGGUGUUGGAGAUUCGAACAACCCAGAUAGCUGGUCAUGCGUUUAA